CGGAUAUACUUUGUCACUGAUCGCAAGAAGGAGCUCAUCAAGUACAAUGGCUUCCAGGUUGCCGCCCGCGAGCUCGAAGGACUCUUGCUUGACCACCCGGCCGUUUUGGAUGCAGCGGUCAUUGGCAUACCCGAUGCCAAGCUGGCGACGGAAAUACCCAAGGCAUUCGUCGUGGUUCGUCCAGAGCACAGUAAGCCUGGGAUUGCAAUGGACGUGAGAGAGUGGGUCGACGACAGGGUUGCAUAUUACAAGAAGCUGCGUGGUGGUGUUGCCAUCGUCAAAGAGAUUCCAAAGUCAGUCUCCGGAAAGAUUCUGCGUCGGGUGCUGCGCGAGCGCGAGGCGGCAAAGCGUAGCCAGCAGCUCAAGCCCAAGCUCUAG